GACGUAACUCACUGAUGGAAAAAAAAACGUGACGUCGAAGACGUCGAGUUCUUUGAGACAGCGUAACGCUAGACAGAACAGCGGUAGCGUGACGCUAGAACAAAAGUGGCGUGGAGCAAGACGCAAGUGUGGUGAGUAGAGAGCAAAACCGGAGUGGCAAAAGAGGUUGGGUGGCGAUGGAGGUUCUGCCUCCGUUCCCGACGUUAAACGGUUACAGACAGACAGAUAACAAACAGUAUUUCUACCACAGCACACUACUAUAGAUACGUAUCACUGGCACCAACAAGUAGCAUUUCAUAUCGCUCAACUCCGAUGCUUUUCCAUAUAAGCUACGUUGUCAUCUUUGACUAUUCACUCUCUCUGGCCCUGUCAUCCGUGGUGGCGUUCGGAGCAAACAUUAUUUGUAAUAAAAUUCCUGAUUUGGUGCCAAAACAACGCUCCAUUUGCCAAAGAAGACCCGAUGCUAUUGUAGUUGUUGGUGAAGGGGUUAAACUCGGUGUUCAAGAAUGCCGCUAUCAAUUUCGAAACAUGCGCUGGAAUUGUACGCACAUAAGCUCCCGGAAUUCUCUGUUUGCGCACGUACACCUAGUACCCAACAAAGAAGCCGCCUUCAGCUUUGCUAUAGUAUCUGCAGGGAUAGCUUACGCCAUUACACAAGCCUGUAGCCGAGGUAACUUAAACCGGUGUGGAUGUGACAAAUCAAAGCUUCCAAACUAUUCCCAUCACGGUUGGAAAUGGGGUGGAUGCAGUGCAGAUGUCAAAUACGGUCUGUCAUUUUCUAGAAAUUUCGUAGAUAUCAGGGAAUUUACAGAAAACGCCAGAGCACUAAUGAAUGUACACAAUAAUCGAGCAGGUAGGAAGGCAGUUAAAGAGAACGUCAUCACAGAAUGCAAAUGUCACGGUGUGUCUGGUUCCUGCACAAUGAAGACAUGUUGGACAACUUUGAGACCUUUCCGUAUGAUUGGCAACCAUUUAAUGAAAAAAUAUGGAAGUGCAAGACUGACGCGCGUCAUACGUGGCAGUCGAUCUUUACGACCAGUUUUCUUAAUUUUGAAAAAGUCCAAGAAACAAAACCGGAAGCCUCGGCGAAGCGAUUUAGUUUGUCUCGAGCAAUCGCCCAAUUACUGCGACUAUGAUAUCAACAGCGGUUCGCUGGGUACAGUGGGCCGGAGGUGUCUUCGAGAAUCUAAGCAACCCAUUGGCUGUGACUUAAUGUGCUGUGGGCGAGGAUACAAUACACACCAGUAUACUGUAACUGUACAGUGUCGCUGCAAAUUUUACUGGUGCUGUUAUGUGAGAUGCGAAAAAUGUAGCAACAAGACUGAAGAAUACACAUGUAAAUAACAAACAUUCGCAACCACAUCUAUUUUUGAUUAUUUGGAGGGGGUGUUAUGCAUGCAUGUGUAUGAGUGUGUGUGUGUGUGUGUGUGUGUGUGUGUCAGAGAGAGAGAGAGAGAGAGAGUAUGUGUAUCUGCGUGCUUGUGUUUAUGUAUGUUUGUGUGUAUAUGCGUGUAUAUGUGUGCAUAUGUGUAUGUGUAUUUGUAU